AUGACUACACGACGCCUAAGUAUGGUCCCACGUGAAUCCCUCUUCACUGAAGGACCCGAAGGUCGCCGUUUGGAAACCAUGAAUUCCGAUAAUUGUUUACUGAAUUUUUUCGACCCAGAAAAGAUGCGUUUUCGAAAUCUCUCGGCAUGUCAGUUUGCAGAUGUUUGGAAUCAUUUUGAUCGGGACGGCAACGGUUUCAUUGAUGGGGAUGAGGUGGAAACUUUUCUCAAUCGACUGGUCGACUGCAUUGUGACGGAAGAAGUGAGACAGACAAUGUCUCCCGUGGAACGAAAUCAGUUGGUUGGAGAUCUCAUGAAGGAAAUCGAUACCAACAAGGACAAUAAAAUCGAUAUUCGUGAGGUAACUAUUGAAUAA